AAUAAAGCUAAGGGUUCCAUAUGUGAAGCAUACUUGAUUGAUGAAAUUACCAAUUUUGCAUCUCAUUAUUUUGGUGAUGACGUGCAAACAAUUUGGAAUCGAGUUCCACGGAAUGAUGAUGGUGGCCUUAGAAGUGUAGAUGGAUGUCUCUCUAUUUUUUCCUAUUCAGGGAAAAAAUUAUCCAAAAGAUUUUAUAAAAGGCAGUUGUCACAUGCUGAAAUGCAAAUUGCGCAUAACUAUGUGAUAUUCAAUUGUCAAGAACUGAAGCCUUAUUUAGAGCAAUGUCGACAAGAGCUAAAGUCACAACAACCAUAUGCGAGUGAUGGUGAAAUUGAAAAAUUAUGCGAAGCGAUCUUUCCAAAUUGGUUAAAAAAUAAUGUGGAAUACCAAUCUAACGGAAUUGAAAAUCAGCUCUUUGGACUUGCUAUGGGCCCUUCAACUUCAGUGAAAUGUUAUAAUGGGUAUUAUGUGAAUGGUUUUAAAUUUCAUACUCAACGUUAUGGCCGUUUUAAAAAGACAAUGAAUAGUGGAGUUUGUGUGAAAGGAAGUUGCUAUGAUGAUAAUGAACGUGAUUAUUAUGGAAUGCUUAAAGAAGUUGUUCGGCUAAAAUACUUGGGGAGUAAGUGCAAGUUAUUUAUGUUUAAAUAUUUGCUUCAAACUCAAGGAGGUUUCUAUCGAGAUAACCAACUUGUUUCUGGAGGACAUAAUUUAUAUGGGACUUAUGGGAGAGUUGAUGGUAAUGAUGAUGAUGUGAACAUUAGAAAUGAAGAUGAGGGAGACGGUAGUAAUGAGAGAGGUGUAUGUGAUGAGAGAGAUGUAUGUGAUGAGGAUCAAGAUGGUGUUCCAUCAUAUCACGGUUCAAUAACGCAUCGUGUGGCCGUGCAAUCGGAGAUAUUUUGA